AUGUCAUCUGGGACCGCAACCACUGAUUACCUGAGCUACAGUGGUAUCAAGAGCUGUCUGGACGAAAUUCCUCAUGUCAUCAUCGCCCUUCUUGAGGCCGUCUGGGCGCGUAGUUCUCACAAUGUCCUCGAUAGCACGGAUUUUCGCCGCUAG